AAUAUAAUAAUAAAAAAUACCAAAUAUAUGUGAUGAUUUAAAAUAAUCAAUUAACUUACAGCAUGAAAACUAUCAAAUUGUUAUAUAUUCAAAUUAUUAUAUAUAAACAUUUAAAUAUAUAAAUAACUUUAUAAAUAUAUUUUAAUUAUGUAAAAUAUAUAUAAAAACAUGAAAAUUAGUACCCGCACGGUUGUGCGGGUCCAAAUCUAGUAUAGUAAUUAUUGUGAACAAACGCAAAUCAAACUCUAAGAAAAUAAUAAUGUUUAGAGCGAAAAUAAUAACGAGGCAGAUACAUGAUGUAUAGUUGAAUGGAGAGGGAAGCUUUUAAUGGUCAAUGUAAACGGCGACUCGGUUAAGGAAGGAGCUACAUACGGCGUUGUGGGAAUGAGAGGUCAGAAGUAUGCUAUAGAUGUUUGGUGUGUUUCUGAAGUUAUUAAUUAAUCUGAUUUAAAUCAGUCUCUCAUAUCUCCCACAUCUCUCAGUUUCCCAUUAAUUUCUUGAUUGUCGUUAUGUAGACAACUCCGUGUAAGCUUGGAUUACACAUCAUUGUUCCAGAACCAAAUGAAAUAACAAAUAUUAAGAUUGAGAAUUAGAGGCUGAGAGACCACCAUAGAGAGUUCUCGGUGAUGUGAAUGAUUUUGCCGGUGACAGAAAACAUUGAAGAGGACUUAGGCCAUAGUGAUUCAGUUUGAUUUGGUUUAAUAUCGGUUUAAGUGGGUAUUUUAAAUGAUGGUUUACGAAUCAGUAUUAUGUUAGAUCAAAUAUUUAGUUUGAACCGUUUUCCGGUUUGAUUUUCAGGUUUAAUGGUUUUUACUGGUUUUCUAAAAAACUAAGAUUUGUGGGGAAAUAGAUCUUAAACUUUGUUUUCGGGAUAUCUAGAACGAUGCCAUAGUUCGAAAAACAUCUGAUGUUAUAUCAUAGUUCUCGUGGGAAAAUAUAUUUCGUUUUACUAUAAACUUGCAACAUACAACAGUUUCGUUUGAGUAAAAACAUUUUCAUGUUAUCAAAUCAGUUUUGAACCAGUUUUUUUUUCUUGGAACACAAACUUACUUCCAAUAAAACUAUUCUUCCAUACAAUAGAAAGAGUGAAUUAUUCAUCCUCUUUGGCCAAGUUAAUAGUAGUUUUAUCAUCAUAUACUAAUUCUCUAUUCAAAUUCAGUGAGACUUUAGUGUUAUUCGAUCGAAUUUUAGGUUAGCAGAGGUUGUCUUGAAAAAAGUUAUUAGCAAAAGGUAAUAUUCUCGACAAAAUUGAGCUGUAUAGUACAUGUGCAGAUGUUUGGUAGCAACUCGUUUAAACUUUAAUAUUACAGUUAAACAACAAACAAAUGCUAAAAAAACACUAGUGGCUCAAUCAAUAAAAAAACAUAAAUGAUAUAGGAAAAUUUGCCAAAAAAAUAAUAUAAAAUUUGAUUUUAAAUGUAAAAGUAUACUCUAAAUUCAAUUUAAACUUUGCAUUUACUCCAAAUUUAAAAUGAUUUUGUAGAUUUAUUCUUUAUAUUUAAAAUGCCAACUUCGUACUACAUCAUUUGGUACCUUAUGUUCAUACAAGGAACUGGAUAUAAUCUAGGGUUGAACAUAAAAAGAAGAAGUUUCAAACAAAAAAAAGUUUCAGAAAUUUUACCAAAAAAAAAGCUUCAGAAAAAAGCAUAAAAAGAAGAAGAUAUUUUAAGAUUAACUAUCGUGGAUGGAGGUGGACGUUGGACCUAGUCCUUUGGAGUUGGGUUUAGCAAAAGGUUACUAAUGAUGUGAUACAUAAAUGGAACUUGUACUAGGUUAUUAACAAGUUGGGGCCAACUAUAUAUUGUUUAAUUGAAAGAGUACAAUUAUAUUUAUAUUAAUAUUCAAGAGGCCUAUCAAAUAUUAUAAGAUUCUGACGAACUUUUUAGUUUUAGUAGUCGAGCUUAUUAUAAUUAAUAAAUAAAAAUUGUACUUUUUUUUUGUUCACAAAAUAAAAGUUGUACUUGUCCGCUGGUUUUUGUUUAUGAAAGACAUGUGGGGUGUGGGGGGGGGGGGGGGGGGGAGGGGGGUGUGCGUUUCCCGGUUUUUAGUGGACAAAUGCUAUAUUUUUUUUUUUGUCAUCUGAUAGAUUAAAAUUAGAUUAAACAACAUUUUACACAAAGCCGGAAGAGCCAUUGCCUACUCUUCCGGAGCCAAGAGCCAGCGAGGUAACAUGUACCACCCAGAGCCAUAAGUUGAACAUAACAUAAACUCUUAAAACUAAACAAAGAAGAAAAAAGAUGUCUGAGGCAGGAUAGAAAGGAACUUCAGGAAAGGAGUGCUCAACCUUGCACUCAAAGACGAUCAAACCUAAUGAGAGCUCAUCAACAAUUAACACAAUUUGAGAAGAGCAUAGAGAUAGGCUGGAAGCACACGAACAUCACCAACACAUAAACAGAAUUUAAAGAGGUUAGAAUCCUUAACCGUCGUUGUAAACACCCUUCAAUCCCAACUAAGUCUAUCCAUUGGACCUUGAGAGGGUUCUCCACGCGCCUCAUACGCACCAUCACCCCACGGCGAAGCCUACAAAGGCUUCCCACGUCUUAUUCAUACAACCGGUAGCUGAAUAAAAACCACUCCAAAUCCAAGACUAUCAUGAUCAAAUUGGCGGCAAUCGACCAACAAAGAAGCAUUAGCACUGAGAUACACUUAUCUCCUUCGGUUCCUCUCAAAACCAAAGUUGAGCACGCAAAAAGCUUUGACCGUCAAAUAUCAACAAGCACCGGAGUUGACUCCAAUGAACAGAGGCAGUACUCCCAAGCCCAAGUAAGACGCCAAACCACUUCCGCAGCUAGACAUCCCGCACCCUUCCACUAAGUCCUCUACAGCUUGUCCCAAAGAACAAACAGAGGGAAGAACCUAUUUCCAAACCUCACGCCGACAUCGAAACAACCGGAGACAAGAACAUGAGGAGCCAGAGAGAAGAUCAACCAACCAACGAGACGCACCACCAUCGAACCAGACUCAAACCCCCUCGAAUCUGACAGAUUCUCUAAUCUCCACUGGCGGAGAGAACACGCCUUUGACAGAGAAUCCCACCUCAUCGAGAAACGCACCAGCACCCAACCACCGCUCGACCCCCAAAACGCCAUCGCCGUCGAACAAAAACUUCAUCACUAACCACCACAAGCAAAGCUAAAGAGACUACACAGGGACUAUUACUAGAUAGGAGAGCUCGAGGAGGUCCUCUCACAGCACGGCGAGGAGCGCCGGCCAGAGAAGACCUCAGAUCCGAAAGAAGAGAUUGAGGCGGCGCUUGAGUCGUGUGGACAAAUGCUAUAUAAAUAUAGGAAAAUUUGAUCCAAUAACCAGAAGAAAAAAAACUAUAUUUCAUCAACUAAUCAUAUUAUCUUUUCUCCCCUCAUUUCUUUUUCUAUUUUUCUCUAUCCUUUUAUUACAAAUCUAAUAUUUUUUAAUUAAUUAUUCAUCAAAUUAACCCAUAAAUAUAUACUAAUGAAUAAAUAAAUAACGGUCGAGAACUGAACAUUGAUUAAAAAGAAAAUUUGUCCUUACCAACUAGUUAUACAAAAUAAGUUUUAGUUUUUUUUCUUUAUAAUCUACAGGUUAUGGUUUCUUAAUAACUAAAUUAUUAUCAUUUAUAUAUUAUUGAGAAACAUUAUAACUUGUUUGCUAUGACACAUGUCAUUACUAAAAUCACUCUUAGAACCUUUAGAGAAAUAAAUUGGUCUAUCAUAACAUAUAGUUCUUACUAAAUAAUUAUUAAAUCAGUUAGUAAUCUAAAAUACAAUUCUUUCUUAUUUCCUUAAAUAAAAACUAAAAAAAUUAGAUAUAUAAUUUAAAUAUAUAUCAUAAUUGAUGAUUUUGAAUAAUAAAUAUUUGAUAUAUUUGUGUAUUAUUUAUCUUUUUGGUUAAUGGGAAAUUACAAAAAUAUCACAAUCAUAAUACCACUUUUCAUGUUUACACUAACUAUUUUUACUCUACCUACCAAAAAAAAAAACUAUUUUUACUCUCAUUUUUAAUAAAGGGUAAAAGAUAUUUAUAUCCCUAGGAUUAACUAAUUUAGACUUAAAGUUUAGAGUUGAGGGUGAGUAGGGUUUUUAGAAAGUGAAAUUCAAGAUUCUAAUAAAUAUAUAAAUAAAAUACUUUUAAAAUAAAUAUUUUUUUUAAAUAGUUCAAAAUAAUUUUUCGAUUUUCAAAACGAAACUUUGAAAAAACAAUUCACAAAAAAAUUCAAAAAAAAAAUUAUAAACAAUUUCUAAUUUGAAAAUUAUAAUUUCAAAGAUGACACUCCAAAAGUUAACUAUACCGAACCUUCUUUUUUGGCAUCAUAGUUUAUUUCACCUUGGAAUCCCUCUCCAGUUAUUACUUAUUAGUUACGUUAACACAUCAAUAUUCUCUUGUAGAUAGAGCUCAAGAAACCAUCACAUAUCAACUAGUUGUAGUUGGUUUGUAUAGCAAACUUAACAUUGUUGAAUUUUUAACAUAUCGACUGAAGAAGAAGCAAACAUAUAAAGUUGGGAUUAAUCAUUAACCUUCUCUCAUGUAGAUCGAUCGGUCUCAAGAAAACAUUCACAUAGCAAGUGUGUUAUCUGAAGAACAACUAAUGGAUCAUUGCAAAAUUGUAAUCUAGAGAAUGAUGCUUUUACCCUUCGGAUCUACCAAGGAGUUCGACGGGCUGAUGAUCAACUCUGAGUCUCUGAACAUUGUAAAGCUCAACUAUUCCAUCGUAGUUCUCAGCCCACCACCUCUGAGCCGGCCACUUGUCAAAUACCACCCAGCUUCAACAAAGACACAAGUAAAUGUCUUAGCCUCUCAUUCUCAUGUGAUGAAGUGAAAUAUCUAAAUCACUAGUGAUAACAAAACUAACUAAACCAGUGAUACUUCGAGAGAGUAAAAAACACGACAUAUGUUAGAACAGCUUAAGCGACAAAUCUAAUCUAAUGAUAUAUUUCCCUCUUUUAGAUGAGAGGCUUGCAAACCAUGUGGUAACUCAAUUGUGCAGUCCAUCUUGCACAAGCAAAGGCCUUCUUCUUAUUUCAAUUUUUUUUAGGGAGUCUCAGAUACAUUCUCAUUCUUCCUUCGGUAUAGAUAUCAAUAAUAUUUUAUUAUGAAAUUAAUAGAUUAAUAUAAUUGCUUCAUAAAUUUUGGAAACUAGCAUUUUCAUUAAUAAGCAGUAAUUUUAUCAUCAACUUUGUAAAUUUAUUAAAAUAGUUUGUAAAAUAGUUAAUUAUCAUUAAGGGCAUAGUUAAUUUUCAUUAAUGAAAAUACAUCAAUCAAAAUUUUAAAAUAAUACAAUUACUAAACCAAUUAUCCCCAGUUAGUAUAUGUUUAAUUUUUAAAAUUUAUGAUUUAAAUUUGGAUGAUUUUAUUAAUGCAAAAGAAUAAAUAUACAUUAGUUUUUUCUUUUGGCACCCGUAUAUAUAGGUAUUAAUAACCCUACCUGACCUACUCCUAUAUUGGCUUUCGAAGUUACCAUCUCACCCGGUCUCAUGUGGAAAUACCAAUAGUUUUCUCUUCCUCGUCUAAGAAUACGGAAGUGGAGUGGUUCUGUUCCUUGGCCAAGUUCUUGAUCCUUCCAUGCAUUAACUUUUUUUUUUUUUGAAAAGAAUCCAUGAAUUAACUUGCGUCUUAAGAGACAAUGUUUUAAUGCCUUUUCAACAAUGGAGCAUUUCAAAUGUUAACUUCACCUAGUCCUCGGAUCAUAAUAUAAGUCUGCUUUUUUCUUCUUCUUUUGACAUUAAAUCACUCUUCAAUUGGAGGCUAUAUUUAAGAAAUAAUUAUGAUGAAAUAUAUUUUUCAAAUUUUUGAUUGGUCCAAUUUAACUAAAUUUUUUUAUCGCAUUGUUGUCAUAUAAGUCCCCUUUUAUUUUUGUAUGGAAGAAUUUAUGAAGAACAAAUUUCCUAGAACAAUUAAGCAAAAUAAUUUAUUGAUUAUUUUGUUUUUUUUUUCAUUAGACGGUCACCAAUAAAAAAAGUUUUACGGUCUCAUGUGGAAAUACCAAUAGUUUCUUUUUAGUUUUUACCAAAGAUAAAUUGGUUUAACAACUAAAAUUUCUGGAUUAUUCAGUGUAUAUAUUUUGGAAGUUACAUAUUUCACAUUCGGAAUUAUUUAGUGUAUAUCUUGGAGUUUACAUACUAAGGCUUUGUUGGAAGUGGAGAGUACUAGGGUGGACAAAAAAAACCCGAACCGAACCAAGCCAAACCGACCCAACCGGAUCCAAACCAAACCAAAAUAUAUGUCUAAACCAUUUGGUUCAUGAUUUUAUCAACCCAAGUGGUUCGGUUUGGUUUGAUUUUAAACUGAACCAAACCAAAGAUUUAUAAUUAGUUUAACUAAAUAUACUAAUAAUAUUGAAAUUUAAUAUAUUUAACCAUUUGACAUAAACAACUAAACAUAAUUUUAUACAUUUUACUUCUAGAUAAAUAAAAUAAACACAACUAAAAAAUAUGAAUAUGAAUCUCAUACAUUAACAUCAAAACCCUUGUUUGAAAACUUUUUGUAAAUUCAUUCACCAAGUUAUAAGAAUCCCUUGUUUAAAUAUUUUUAAAAAUUAGAAAAAAAAUCUUGAAUAUGUACAAUAUCUUUCUGAUUUUAAGUUUAAAACAAUCAUCCAAAAUAAGUAUAAUAUCUCUAAAAUUCAGGAAAAUCUUGAUAAAUAUGUAUAAUAUCUUCAUUAAUUUAGGACAACGUUUCAUCUAUGAAAAGAAAUUAAUUUUUAUUUAUGAAAUAAUUUAAAUUCUAUGUUUAAUUUUGAAAAUCUAAGAUUUUAAUUUGGAUUGUUUGGUUAAUGCAGAAAAUAAAAUAUAUUAGCUUUUUAUUUUAGUAUAUGUGUGUGUAUAUCUUGGCCUUUGUAGUUACAGUCUAGUGCACACAAAAAAAGUAGUCACAGUCUCAUCCGGCCGUAAAAUAUAUAUGGACCUGCAAGAAUCAGUAAGGAAGCAAAACGGCAUCCUGUGGAGGGUGUAUAAGCACGUGAUCAACACCACCGCCGGGAAGACCUCGAACCUCGUGAUAUCGCCGGCGUUGAUCAGUGUUAUCCUUAGCUUCAUCGCCGCUUAUAAAUCUCCCGGAGCCACCGAAGAACAGAUUCUCUCUUUACUAAAGGCUUCUUCUACCGAUGAGCUUAACGCCGUGUCCUCCCAGAUAGUAACCACCGUCCUUGCCGACAGCACGACAAGUGGCGGGCCAAUGAUCUCGACAGCGAAUGGCUUCUGGAUAGAGAAGUCUCUCUGCUGUGUGGAACAGUCUUUCAAGAAUCUCUUGGAGACUUCGUAUAAGGCUGCCUUCAAACAAGUUGACUUUCGCACUAAGGCUGAUGAAGUGUCUGAAGAGGUGAACACAUGGGUUGAGAAACAGACAAAUGGUCUCAUCACUGGUCUACUUCCAGGCCGGCCCUGUCUACUUCCACCAAGGUCUGUAACUCAUUUGACUGAUUACAUAUUUGCUAACGCCUUGUUCUUCAACGGGAGAUGGGAUGAAGAGUUUGAUCCAUCUCUUACCAAGGACUCAGACUUCCACCUUCUUGAUGGAACCAAAGUACCUGUGCCCUUCAUGUCCGGUGACUUCUUCAGUUACCACCUCGAUGUCUACCCAGGUUUCAAAGUCCUAAACUUACCUUACAGAGAAGGACGACGUGACGGUCGUUCGUUCUCGAUGCAAAUCUAUCUCCCUGAUGAAAAAGAAGGGUUGCCUGCAAUGCUGGAGAUGUUAGCUUCUACUCCUGAGGACGAGGACGAGGACAUUCCUAGCUACAGGGCAGAUAUUGGAGAACUCAAGAUUCCAAAGUUUAAAUUUGGUUUUCACUUUGAAGCCACGGAAGCUCUGAAAAGUUUGGGGUUGAGUCUACCAUUGGAGACGAUCUUCCACAAGUCUUGCAUCGAGGUGGAUGAAGUGGGAUCCAAAGCUGCAGCUGCUGCUGCUGUAGUCGGUGAAGGUUGUUGUGGUCCUGCGGAAAAGAAGUAUGACUUCGUUGCUGAUCAUCCUUUUCUCUUCCUUGUCAAAGAACACGGAAGUGGAGUGGUUCUGUUCCUUGGUCAAGUUCUUGAUCCUUCUAUGCAUUAACUUGCGUCUAAAGUAAUGCCUUUGCGACAAUGAAGGCUUUGUUGUUUCUUUCAUAUU